ACAGACCAUGAAGAAGAUUAAAAAUCAGCGCAUGCGCACUGACUACACUCAUCGCUUGCGUGAUCCACCUGGCGUAUUGUUGGAAUGUUUUACGGGUAAUCAAACCGAGAAGAACAAGAAGGAAUAUUCGUCCAGUGUUGACUGGGCUCCCCCCACUCCGCAAGCAUCUUAAAGCGUGUUUGAGUCCAUCACCGUGCAAAAAUGGAUUUCCAACACAGAGCUGGAGGGAAAACGGGAAGCGGCGGGGUGGCGUCCGCCUCGGAGAGUAAUCGUGACAGACGAGAGCGGCUUCGCCAGCUGGCUCUGGAGACCAUCGACAUCAAUAAAGACCCCUACUUCAUGAAGAAUCAUUUAGGCUCAUACGAGUGUAAACUUUGCCUAACGCUUCAUAACAAUGAGGGAAGCUACUUGGCUCAUACACAAGGAAAGAAACAUCAGACCAAUCUAGCGCGGAGAGCUGCAAAAGAGGCCAAAGAAGCUCCUGCUCAGCCUGCUCCAGCAAAAGUGAAAGUUGAGGUCAAGAAGUUUGUCAAAAUUGGUCGACCAGGAUACAAAGUAACCAAGCAGAGAGAUCCAGAGACCGGGCAGCAAUCUUUACUGUUCCAGAUUGACUACCCAGAAGUUGCAGAAGGUAUUGGACCCAGGCACCGUUUCAUGUCUGCAUACGAACAGCGCAUCGAGCCCCCGGACCGUCGCUGGCAGUACCUGCUACUGGCUGCAGAACCCUAUGAGACUAUUGCUUUUAAGGUCCCCAGUAGAGAAAUAGACAAAGCAGAGAGCCGCUUCUGGACACACUGGAACCGAGAAACUAAACAGUUCUUCCUUCAAUUCCACUUCAAAAUGGAGAAAGCUCUCCUACCACCCACUGGUCCACCACCUCCCGGGGGUGUGAAGCGCCCCAUGCCUCUUAUGAGUGGACCUCGCCCUCAGAAUGACUCCAUGCCCCCACCGCCUCCAGGUGGUAUGGUGCCGCCUCUGCCCCCUGGAGCUCCUGGUACCCCGCAAAUGCCCCCUCAGAUGCCCAUGCCACCAUUGCCAAUGAGACCGCCACCCCCUGAGGGCCUAAUGGGUAACAAUUAAUAACUUACCAGCUGGUUAGUGUUUUUUUUUUUUUUUCUUUUUCUUAUUGUCUUUGACCACACCAACUGUUCUUGUUGUUUUAACUGGCUAAAUAUGACCACACAUUUGUAAAAAGAUACUCAUUAUUGAGAGACAUUUGUUUUACAAAGAUUUUGUAAUUAAAUACUGCUGAGAAAAAUA